GGACGAAGAGGCUCUUAGGGUACGUACUUGCUUUUCCUUUUGUGAUUUUUUUUUGUAAUCGAAAAAGCUGAUUUCAUUCAAUUUUAAUUAUAAAUGGGUGACAAGAUAUACGAUCCUCAAUUGUAUAUCGAUCAUGGACCAAGGGAUGCGAAGUAUUUACCCGAGCAAGCAACACAUCGCUCCCGUGCAAUUUGGCACAACAAUCCGGAAUCACUUCUUCCCGUCACUUAUAGAGGGUCAACAAGCUUGCCCGCUUGGCAUGAUCGACUCUCGCCAUAUCUAGAGAGGACGGGUUUGGAUAUGGUGAGGCACUUCAUGCAGAUUCAGGAUUGAGAUCGACAAUGAUCUACUGACGGCAAUGGCAGAGCGAUGAAGCCCCCGAAACACCUAUGUUCCAAUUUGAACGGUUUGAUAAUGAUAUUGUAUUCCAU